UUCACAUUGCCUCCAUUUUAGUUUCCUGUGUGUGCGUGUGCAGGGUCCGUAUAAACUGGAGAGAAAACAGGAACGAAAGCGGAGGUGCUGAGAAAUCACAACAGAAAUGGACGGCAUAAGUGAUGUAGCAGUUGGAGUGAAGAGAGGAUCAGAAGAGCUGAGUAUGUACAACAGUCCCAACUCUGGCAUGAGCAGUAUCAGUGACGGGGCUUCCAAUGGCAGUGAUAGUAAGAAGCUCAGGGUGGAGGAGGCCCCACCAUCUCGUGUGAUCCACAUUAGAAAGCUGCCCAACGAGGCUUCAGAGGCUGAAGUCAUUGCCCUUGGCCUGCCUUUUGGCAAAGUCACCAAUAUCCUCACAUUAAAGGGGAAGAACCAGGCAUUCUUGGAGAUGGGGACAGAGGAGGCAGCCAUCACUAUGGUUAAUUACUACACAACAGUUACCCCUCAUAUCCGCAAUGUCCCUGUCUUCAUUCAGUACUCCAACCACAAAGAACUCAAAACUGAUGCUAGUAAUCAGCGGACCCAGGCAGUGCUGCAGGCAGUGUCAGCAGUCCAGUCGCCAAGUUCAGAUGUGCAGGAGAUUCUUGCUGCAGCCUCCAGUCCUGUACUACGGAUCAUCAUUGACAACAUGUUUUACCCUGUUACACUGGAUGUACUGCAACAGAUUUUCUCCAAGUUUGGCACAGUCAUGAAGAUAAUCACAUUCACCAAGAACAAUCAGUUCCAGGCCCUACUGCAAUUCAGUGAUCCUGUCAAUGCACAGCAGGCCAAACUGGCCCUAGAUGGGCAGAACAUCUACAAUUCAUGUUGCACAUUGCGCAUUGACUUUUCCAAGCUGGUCAACCUAAAUGUCAAGUACAACAACGAUAAAAGUCGUGAUUACACUCGACCUGAACUGCCGGCUGGUGACGGCCAACCCAGUCUCGACCCCACAGUGGCUGCUGCCUUUAGCAAAGACUCGAACUCGCUCCUCGGUAAGAUCCCAGGAGCCCUUAACCCUCUGAGUGCAGCAGCAGCAGCAGCUGCUGCUGCAGGGAGGGUGGCCCUUGCUGGACAGGCGGGAUCCAGCGGGGUCCUCCUGGUCAGCAACCUGAAUGAGGAGAUGGUUACGCCCCAAAGUCUGUUUACCCUCUUCGGAGUGUAUGGUGAUGUCCAGAGGGUGAAAAUUCUUUACAAUAAGAAGGACAGCGCUCUCAUUCAGAUGUCGGAUUCCAACCAGGCCCAGCUCGCAAUGAGUCACCUGAAUGGCCAAAAGAUGUAUGGCAAGAUCAUCCGAGUGACGCUGUCUAAGCACCAGACUGUGGCGCUGCCUCGUGACGGCCUGGAUGACCAGGGCCUGACCAAGGACUACGCCAACUCUCCACUUCAUCGCUUCAAGAAACCUGGUUCCAAGAACUUCCAGAACAUCUUCCCACCAUCUGCCACACUUCACCUCUCUAACAUCCCACAAGAUGUAACGGAGGAUGACUUACGGCUGCUGUUCUCCAAUGCUGGAGGCACUGUGAAAGCAUUCAAGUUUUUCCAGGAUCGUAAAAUGGCUCUGAUCCAGAUGUCAACAGUGGAGGAGGCUAUACAGGCCUUGAUUGAUCUUCACAAUUACAACAUGGGAGGCAACCAGCACCUGAGAGUGUCUUUCUCUAAGUCCACCAUUUAAGAAUGUGACCCACAGACUCCUUAACAGUACGAUGUUUAGAGGAACAGGUGGACACUGGGGGGACCACAUAGAUUGGAGCAGUUUUGAUUUUAGGGUUUUUGGAGAUUCUGUCAUUCCUUGAGAGACUUUAACCUUUGAGAUGUUUUGUUAAGCGAACAAUUCUGGAACCUGUCAGCUAUUCUUAACUGGACCUCUGUAUUAUUAUGUCAGGCAGGAUAGUGACAUGAUUGAUUGUCCCCCUGUAUGAUUGUUGGAUGUAGAUCAUUUUUUAAUUCUUGAUUUAAUUGAAAAGAUACAGUACUUAUGUGCCUUACUUGACAAUAUCAAUUGUUUCUACAGCUGGACAUGUUCAUUAUUGACCCUCCUAAUGAGGCACAUCGAUAUUAGAUAUUUUUAGGGGAUGAGUGAGAAUACAAGCUGUUUUGUCGUCAUCUAGACAUUAUUACAGUUUUGAAAUUGUGCUGCCAACCAGGCGGAGCUUUGUUUUCUUUUGUUCCAGAAUUUUAGAUUCAUAACAUUUUUCUUUUUAGUUUACCAGCAGGAGAGCAGAAUAUUCCUGAGGCAAUAUGCAAGAAAUCUGUGACAGGCAGUUUAACUUGAACUCCAUUAUUCCACAGGGACGUUCAGUGUAAGAUUGUUCUCCCUCAGUUUUGACUUUACAAUCAUGCAUAAGUUUAACUAUCACGAUGUGGCUUGUGGUUAAGUAUUUCUUUAUCUGUGUUUUAAAGCCUUCUAUGCUUUUUCCAUAGCAGUGAGGUGCAAUUGUCAAUGGCAGUGUUUUUUAAGCAUGCAUAGUGAUGAUCUCACAUAAGAAUGUGUUGCAUGCCGUGGAAGCUGUUACAAGAUGAGUCCACUGUGAUAAUAUUGUCAUGUGACAGUUUACUUGAGAGGGCUACUCAGUCGGACCAAAGUUUCUGUGCCUUUAGAGUUCCUUUAAUUCAUUAAAAAAAAGCAUUUAAAAACACUGAAUUGUUGCAUUUUGGGUAAAAAUGCCUGUAAUGGUAAGUGUUAAGUUAAUUCUUUCUUGUUUUUUAAUACCCAGUGAGACCUCUUGCCUGGAGGCAUUUUCUCAGAAAUAAGUUAAGUAUAUUUUUUCUUCCAAGUCCAAUUUUAUAUAUCAAAAAAGGGAAGGAUUUGGUAUUAUUCUAUAGAGGUGCAAUUAAAGGAUCAAUUAUUUUCCAACAAGGGGACGUGCAACUUGGUUUCCUGCUUUUUGAGUUUUCCCUCUCAUGGUCUCUCUCGUGUAUUUUGCAUUACCUCUGUAGCAUGCCUAAUAAAACUCUUCUGUAGCUCUGCA